GGCUGAGGUAAGACUUUGAAAUGUGUUCAGUCUAUACAACGGCAAUGACUUACUUGUAACGUGUGCUUCUUAUCGUUACCUGCAAAGAAAUCUAAAAUAUCAGCUUCUCGCAAGCUCAUGUUGAAGAGCCUGAUGGUGGCCAAGGCCAAGGAGGAUCUCGAGCAGGAGCAGGUGGAGAAGGAGGUGCAAAAGGAGAAGUACCUGGAGGAAAAAGCACCGGCGUUAAACAUCAACUCAAUGGGCGUGGAGGAGCUGCAGAAACUAUGUGAAGAACUUCACUCCAAAAUCGACGUUGUGGAUGAAGAACGGUACGACAUUGAGGCCAAGGUCCUGCACAACACCCGAGAGAUCAAAGAUCUGAACAUCAAGGUUCUGGACCUCAGAGGGAAGUUCAAGCGACCCAACCUUCGGCGGGUCAGGGUCUCGGCCGACGCCAUCCUUCGCUCGCUUCUAGGCUCCAAGCACAAAGUGUCUCUGGACCUGCGAGCCAACCUUAAGUCAGUCAAGAAGGAAGAUACAGAGAAGGAGAAAACGGCGGAGGUGAGCGACUGGAGGAAGAACGUGGAGGCCAUGUCUGGCAUGGAGGGACGCAAGAAGAUGUUUGACGCAGGGGGUCCCGCACAAUAAAUUCCUCAUCGUAGAAGAAAGCAUUUAUAGGUCACACAUGAAGACACUCUUUUCUCUCCACUUUAGUGUUUUCUUUCUUCGACACAGAAAUAAACA